AUGAAGUUCUCCGGAGUCGCCAUUGUCGGCACGCUCGCCGCGCUCGCGUCUGUCUCUCGAUCCGCCCCGCUCGAGAAACGGGUUUCGGGCGUUCCUGGUUUUGACAUCUCCGGAUACCAGCCCAACCCGAACUACAGCAGCGAUGUUGCCAACGGUGCCAAGUUCGUGGUCAUCAAGGCGACCGAGGGCACGACGUACAAGAACCCGGACUUUUCGUCGCAGUACAACGGCGCUACCAACGCCGGCCUCAUCCGGGGCGGGUACCACUUCGCGCACCCGGACAAGUCGAGCGGCGCGACGCAGGCCAAAUUCUUCCUCGCCAACGGCGGAGGCUGGUCCAACGAUGGACGCACCCUUCCCGGCGCCUUGGACUUGGAAAGUUCGAGCGGAUCAGCAACGUGUUACGGCCUCUCCCAGAGCAGUAUGGUCAGCUGGAUCAAGGACUUUGGAAACACGUACCACGCCAGCACGGGACGGUACCCGACGCUGUAUUGCAGCUCAGGGUGGUGGAAUCAGUGCGUUGAUUCGAGCGCUUUCGCCAGCGACUAUGCGCUUUGGAUCGCAAACUACGGCGUGAGCAGUCCCAAGAUCGCAAACGGCUUUUCUUAUUAUACGUUCUGGCAGUAUGCCGACUCUGGGAAGUUUGAUGGCGAUCAGGACGUCUUUAACGGAAGCUACGACAACCUCAAGAAGUUCGCCACCGGCGGUUAA